AUGUCGACACGUGCUGCAAUUGGCAUUGACUUGGGCACAACAUUCUCUUGUGUCGGUGUGUUCCAAAGCGAUACGGUGGAAAUCAUAGCCGACGAUCAGGGCAACCGCAUAACGCCGAGUUGUUUGGCCUUCACAGAUAAGGAACGCCUCAUUGCGCCUGAUCAGGCGCCGUUUUAA